ACAACAUCCGGCAGUGUUUCGUUCGUUCCUGAUAUCAAGAUAGGUCUGCCUGGUGGAGCCGGAAGACCUAUACCAAAUUUCUUUAGUCUUUCUUCCUACAUUUUCAUCAAAAUUUAUUAACUAUUUCGUCAUAAUUAUACAUUUGUUAAUAGUCCUUUUAUUUAAAAGCAGAAAAAGAUAAGCGGUAUAAUACUAAGAAAUAUAUUCUUGUUAGACUUGUGUAUGUAUAUAGAGCAGAUGAUUUUCAACAUCGGUACGUAAGUACCGUUCCCAAAAUAAAAUGCGUCGCGUUUGGCAGUACAGUGGAGUACUGAACCGGCGCACCAUCCGUAGAUUGAAUAAGGAGUAGAAAAAAUGCGGUUCCAGAGAGACAGGAAGAUGAAAGGAAGGGAAGAGCCGUGCAUAAAGAGGAAGGGGAACACACGGUUAAUCGGUGCCAAAGUACCGUUGUAUCUGAAAGGACCAGAGAUGGCUUUCGGUUUUCCAGCAGCCUCCGUCCCAGCUGCAGCUUCGCGCUGCAUCUAUCGUACGCACGACAGACUCGACUCAACGAGAUACGACAGUUUGCUUGUCACUCACGUGGACAUAAAGGUAUAACGUCUGGAGUUGAAGCAGCUGUUCGCCGAUACUCUACAUUUCUGUGAUGCAUUCGUAAUAUAUAUUUUUGUCACGUAUUACGCCUAUAUAACGUUUUCUUGCAAUACCUUUUGAGUGUUGUCAAAAUUCCCGAUGCGGUUCAGCGUGGAGAUCAUUAUAUUAAAUCGUUAUAGAAAUGCCUAUGAAAAACUUGAAGGCAACAGAUAUUCUGGAGGAUCUAGAGUCGAAGCUCGCGUAUGUCCCAGGUGGUCGUGAUCAGGACGGACGACCUUUAAUAGUAAUUAGUGUUCCACCGGAAAUUGAUUCAACAACAAAGUUAAAAUUAGAAACCCUCAUUUUAUAUUUUAUAUCAAUUUUCAGUGAGGAGACAAAGGAAAAUGGAUUGGCUCUCGUUGUAGACGCGCGUCGUAGUGCAUGGCGCGUAACUAGAUCUUGUAUUAGGCUCUCUACGAAUCUUAUAGGAUCUAAAGUCAUUUCCGUAAUUGUAAUACGACCUGAUGGUUUUUGGGAUAAACGCGUCGAUAGCUGUACCAAGUCACACAAAGAAGGCGAACCAAUAUACGUUACUCUAACGAGGUUGCAUAUUUACAUUGACUUUUCUCAAUUGCCAUACGAGUUAGCAGGUAACAAGGCAUACAAUCACAUCGAAUGGAUAAAAACACGUAUGAAAAUCGAAGAUUAUUCGAGUGAUGCAUUAGAACUUAUAUCGAAGAUGACAAAUUUACAUAAAAAAUUGGACACUCUUGAUGGUAUUCGUAUAAUGCAAUCGAAUGAUGUGGAAUCUUAUUGGGAGAUGGGCACAGAAUUGUUAUCAACAGCACGUCAUAUACUUCAAUCAGGUAGGAAUUUAAUAAGUUGUAUGAGUAGAGAGUCCUCCAAGGAUAUUUUGGAUACCGUUAAAGAAAUUCACAAGUUACUCGAUUCUAUCGAAUUAAAGCAGAUGGAUAUUGAAAAUUCGUGGACAGAAAUGGAACGAAAUCUAGAUACUGCCAGAGUAAUCCAAGAUCUUGAACACGGUGUAUCGAGUGUUACUGACUGGAUCUUGGGUCCAGCAGACACAAUGCUGAACUCUUGUUGUCAAGUUGGCUUUGAUGUUUCUUCAUCUGAGGAACUUCGAAGGCAGCACGAAAAAAUUGAGCUUCAAUGUCGGGAGACUUAUGGACGAUAUGCAGAGCUACUCCAUAAAAUCGAUAGCUUACCUAGAAAUAGACUACCAGAAGAUUUAAAAUCUCAGAGAGAUUUCAUGGACUUUGUUUGUCGUAGCUUUGCCUCACGACUCGAACGACGUAGAAAUGUAUUAAUUACUUCACAAAGAUUCUUUAGACUUGUUUCUGAGUACUUCGAUAGGACUAGUGAAGUGUUUGAGCAGUUAAUUAUGGGCAACAGGAAUUACAACUUUUCUCAAGCGAGCAUUAAGCUGUUAACUUUGGAAAAGAGUCAAACAGUUUUAGAUAGUUUAGAACGCGAGCUUGUAAAAGAAGGCGAAAAAUUAUCGGACAUUCUCUCUAUGCCAGUGAAGGAUGCGCUUGGUCGAGAAGUUUGUGUAAAUUAUGAUGAAGAUAUCAUCAAUGUAAAAGAUAUACUAGAUGCAACAAAUGCCAGAAAGAAUAUAUUUAACGAUAGCGUGGAAUUACAAAAGCUGUCGUUGAAACAGAUAGCUUUGAUAUACAUGUAUGAGAGCGAUGCCGAACAAGCUGUUAAGUGGUUAAAUGAUCUAUUCAAUGUUUUACUUCGGAAUCACAUGGAAGUCGGAUGUAAUGUAAAAGAAAUACAGUCGCAAAAAGAGGAGCACCAAUCUUUCCAGGAAACUGCAAAAGGAACUUACGAGUAUGGCGGUCAACUGGUGAAUGGGGCGCGUGUACUGAGAUUAUCUUGCAGAAUAUCUUUAGAAAGCAAUGCUAAUCUCUUUUCGAAAUUACGACAGGCUUGGCGACAGUUUCGAUCUGUUAGUCAGGAACAAUUAACCAGGCUGCGAGUAUGCGCUGUUUUUCACAGAAACGUCGAAGAUCAUUGUACGGGAUUACAAAAUUUGGUGGAAACAGUGACUACUCUGUAUCAUUCUGCGCAAGAUGAAGAUGUAUUAGCAAAAGCACGCGUCAAAGAAAGCAUAAGAGAUAUUCUUGAUAAUCGAGAGAAACUUUUAUUGGAAGUUGGUCGGAUGGUAAGAUUGGGUCGCCUCCUCAAGACAAGGUUGAAGGAACCUCUUUAUUGCCAACCAAUGUCUGAAGCUGAAGAUGCUUCAAUCCUCGGUGGUAACUUGACAGCUGUCGAAGCUAUCUCGGCGAAAUUAGUGGAAGUUACACGUCUCGCGGAAAAACUGGAUGCGAGACUAUGUGAAGCUGGAGCUAGAACUCGACCAAUGUCUAUUCCUACCGUUGUGACGUCCUCUGCUUCGUCCUUGCUCUCGAUAUCUGCCAUGCCACCAUUAAGCACGCCCAUGCAUACAGCUUCUAACGUGACUGCAUUGAUAUCUGGUACGACAGCUUCAGCCGUAUCUGCAAUUCCUCAAAUGCAUCCAAUAACGUCGGAAGCUGUGACUACAAGAAUCAAAGCUGAUGCAAUUAAAUCUAUUACUUCUACGGCAGAAAAAUUUGAUGACAAUUCAUUUCAUAUCUGCCCGCAUUCUACGGAAGAUGUCGAAAUAUCGAAUAAAGAUUUUAAUACUGAGGAACUGAUCGAACAUUCUCGUAGCGAAAGUGCAACAGGAGAAUACAAUGUGGAGGGUUAUACAACAGCGACUGAAUGUUCAACAACUCCACCUCCGCGUUCGAGAAGCGAAUCUUUUGUAACAUCGCCGGAAUGCGAAGAUCUUUCUAUCAACGCACCCAUCGUGGCAUGCUCUGGUUCCACUUGGUUGGCCCUGGAAAAGCCUAAAUUAACAAAUACGAUUGCACCCCUUACUUCUACUUCAAACGAUGAAAACAAAAAAAUUAUUGUUGAAGCGACAUCAAAUAUUUCCACCAACGGAAUAAAACCAACGACACGAAUCGAAACAAUGGACAAAAUGACAAAUCCAAGAUUGACCCUUGCGAAGGCUUUAUCACGGAAUUUCAUACGCAUAUGAGAUAAUGAAAAAUUAAACAGAAUUGUAAAAGAAGUCACUGAAACAACCGUUUUGCGUGUAUCGCAUGAUAUCCGAUUAGGCGUAGCCUCU